UAUAAUCCUUCAACCUCAGAUGUGAUGCCUGAGAGAGUUGAAAUGGCAUCAAACAGUGAUGUACAUAAUGCCUAUAAUUCACAGUUUGCCUUAACUCCAAAUUUUACAAAUAGCUGUGGUAAACAAACACAGUGUAGUAUGAGCUGUUUUUCUAAGCAAAUGUAUCAGCCAACAGAUCCGGUGUACGGUCGUAAUACUUCCACAAUACCCGUUGAUCAACAGUGUUGUUCACAAGUAGAUCGUUGGAAUGAUCGAUACUCUUUUUAUGUGAAUAAUCACUAUCAGUUUCCUUAUCAUCAACAAAUGCAAAACCUUCAAUUUUCUGCACUACCCUUCCAGAACAGUGCCUCUGUAUCACCGUCUUCCUGUUCAGAUGGUGAUACUGAUUUUGGCGCAACUUCAACAUCCAAUUUACCUAAAUUGUCAGGUCCGAUACAAUUAUGGCAAUUUUUACUGGAGUUGUUGCUAAGUGGAUCUGCUAAAUCAUGUAUCACAUGGACUGGGGAUGGUUGGGAGUUCAAACUGAAUGAUCCAGAUGAAGUUGCACGAAAAUGGGGCAUUCGAAAGAAUAAGCCUAAAAUGAAUUACGAAAAACUUUCAAGAGGCUUACGGUACUAUUAUGACAAAAAUAUAAUCCACAAAACGCCAGGGAAACGUUAUGUUUAUCGUUUUGUAUGCGAUUUAACUUCACUGCUGCAAAUGUCAGCUGAACAAAUACACAACAGAAUGCAUAUCAAAAAAGAAGGUUUUGAGUGUUUUUUACUUUUCUUCUAUAUAAGUUUUACUUCUUUAAUUGUUUGCUGA